AUGGAGCUCGGCUCCGAGUCUAAGGAGCUCGGCUCCGAGUCUAAGGAGCUCGGCUCCGAGCCUAAGGAGCUCGGCUGUGAGCCUAAGGAGCUCGGCUCCGAGCCUAAGGAGCUCGGCUCUGAGCCUAAGGAGCUCGGUUCUGAGCCUAACGAGCUCGGCUCCGAGCCUAAGGAGCUCGGCUCUGAGCCUAAGGAGGUCGGUUCCGAGCCUAACGAGCUCGGCUCUGAGCCUAAGGAGCUCGGCUCCGAGUCUAAGGAGCUCGGCUCCGAGCCUAAGGAGCUCGGCUCCGAGCUUAAGGAGCUCGGCUGUGAACCUAAGGAGCUCGGCUCCGAGCCUAUGGAGCCUAUAAAGAUAAGGAUAAGGAAGAUAAAGAUAAGAAGAUAAAGAUAAGAAGAUAAAGAUAAUGAUAAGGAAGAUAAGAAGAUAAAGAUAAGAAGAUAAGGAGAUAAAGAUAAGGAAGAUAAGAAGAUAAAGAAGAUAAAGAUAAGGAAGAUAAGAAGAUAAAGAUAAGAAGAUAAAGAUAAGAUAAAGAUAAGGAAGAUAAGAAGAUAAGGAUUCCGAACCAUUCGAGCUCGGCUCCGAGCCUUUCGAGCUCGGUUCCGAGCCAUUGGAGCUCGGCUCCGAGCCUGUGGAGCUCAGCUCGGAGCCGAUAUCAUAUAAUAUCUUAGGAUAUAAUACAAUAUCAUAGGAUAUCAUACAGUAUCUUAGGAUAUCAAACAAUAUCUUAGGAUAUCAUACAAUAUCUUGUGAUAUCAUACAGUAUCUUAGGAUAUCAUACAAUAUCUUGGGAUAUCAUUCAGUAUCUUAAGAUAUCAUACAAUAUCCCGGGAUAUCAUGCAGUAUCUUAGGAUAUCAUACAAUAUCUUAGGAUAUCAUAUAAUAUCUUAGAUGGUGAACAUCUCAAACAAGAGACAUUAUACACUAGAAGCAUAACUUUGUAAACGAGCCCGAUUUUAAGGUAACAAAUAAUCCCUAUCUAUCCAUAAGAAGCACUUAAGAGACUAAAAUUUUGCAAUCGAUUAAUGACUGUCAAUGACUUUGGCGCAUAGAUAUGCUUUGGCGGUAUACGUUUCAGAGAGCCACAAUUGCAAACGACAAAGUUUCGAUAUAUCUUGUAUAUAAUCUGUAAUAACUUUCUGUUCGCUAGUAUUUUUUUUUCCUGUCCCAAAUUCGCUGGGUGAAAUGAAAAAAAUUGUAUAUAUCCAAACGCAGUGGGCGGGUUAAUCACUUUUUAAUGACUCUGCAAUAUGCAAAUAUCGACCAUAACAACGGCGUUGACAACGAUUUUAACUUGGGCUUAGCAACUGCUUAGUUCUGUUUAAAUUUACCAUAUAUAUGUCUGGAUUUUUUUAUUUCUGGUUGGAUAGUCCUAAACAUGGCGAAUAUAUCUCCAGGGAAAACCAAGGAUGGUGUUAAAGUAGUGGACAACGUAAGAUAAUUUAUUAUAACCUUGUAAUACGAUGAAUUCAAAUACAACUUUGAUAUUCUAUUUCUAUUCCCGGUUAUGCUUCUGGGGAAUUUUGAAUAAACUGGGCUGUCAGCAGGUUUUAGGAACAAGGUACUGUUUUCGCAUUAUUAUGAGAGAACCCAAGGGAACCUCGAGAUAACCCCUGUAGAAUUCCCCCGAAAUCCUUGCAAGCUCCUACCAGUCAGGAAUUUUCGUAUUACAGAAUUCUCACUGCGCAUGCGUAUGAGUAUAAUAUCCAUGUCCCACAAGCAUUACAACAACCUUAGUAGAAUAUAUACCGAGAAUCGUGUUACAACUCAUUCAGUUCGUUAGAAGGAAUAUAUGUCGGGGGAUAAAUAUUAGCAAAGUAUCAAACUGUAAAAAUGUUCUUAAAAUGCUGGUAAUCAUAGGUCUACACUCGUUUCCGAUUCCCAAAACCUGGUAUGGCUAUACAAAUCACUAAUAAAUAGUUAUUAAAUUUCAAAUUGAAGGUAACUCAGUUGAACAUGUCCAGCUCAAGUACUUGUACAGUACCAGUAGGUAUUACAACUAUUCAACAUGGGAAGGAAGGAGGAA